CAUCCAAUCCCAAAGCGCCUGCUUCCCACAACCCGAACGGGACCCGGCACAUUCCAAUCUUCCGGACUCUCUUCACCGAGCCCGCAAGUUCGGUCAACACACACACACACACUAUAUACCCCGGUCAUCAUGUCCGCCAAACAAGAGAAUGAGAGCUCUGCGAGCAACUCUCCCAAGAGCAGCACGCCCGCUCCCUCAACAACAACCAGCAACACUUCCCAGUCUGCCAACAGCACGAGCAAUGAGGACAACCUCAUCUGCAAGUGGAACGCCUGCAACCUGAAGUUUGUCUCACCCGAGGCUCUCUACGAGCACAUCUGUGAACGCCAUGUUGGCCGCAAGAGCACCAACAACCUCAACCUGACUUGCCAAUGGAACUCCUGCAGAACGACCACUGUGAAGCGUGACCACAUCACUUCUCACAUUCGUGUGCACGUUCCUCUCAAGCCUCACAAGUGUGAGUUCUGCGGCAAGUCAUUCAAGCGCCCUCAGGAUCUGAAGAAGCACGUCAAGACCCACGCCGAUGACUCGGUGCUCGUCCGCUCGCCCCAGGACCAAGGUCUGAACGGCUACCGGGCGCAGCCUGGCAAAGCUUCUUCUAGCUACUAUGAUCAUAAUGGCCAUAUUCGGACUAACAGCGCCGCCUUCGCACACCAGGCUGGGCAUGCUAGCUACUAUGCACCCCAACCAUCUACAAACUAUGGACUGUACUUCAACCAACAACCCUUGAACCCUCCCCGAACUGAGUACAUUGGCCACCACGGCGGCUAUGACAACCGCAACAAGCGCGCCUUCGACAUGGUUGACGACUUCUUCGCACACGCCAAGCGUCGCCAGGUCGACCCGACCUCCUAUCAACAAGUCGGCCGAUCCCUUCUCCCCCUUCACGGCGCUCUCGGCCUGCACGCCGGUCCCAUGCCCGGUUCCGACUACAUGGCAGCCCCGCCCCAGCAGCACGUUCACCACCAACAGGCCGGCGGACCUCCUUCCGGCCCCGGACCCAUGUCCCAGCAGUACUACUUGCCGCCCAUGCCCAACGCCCGCACCAAGAACGACCUGGUCCAAAUCGACCAGAUCCUGGAGCAGAUGCAGAGCACUGUCUAUGAGAACUCGCACCAGGCCACGCAAGGAAUCCACAUCCACGGCCAGAACACCUUCGAUCUCCGCCACAGCCCCUCGCCCCCGGGUGUUCACCGAGGCUCUCACGCCGGCAUUCCAGUCACCCAAGACGGCUACCCCGUGUCCGCUGCUCACAUGGCGUCCCCGUUGACCGCAGUCUCGUCGACUGGAACCCCCGCCGUCACUCCUCCCUCAAGCACAAUGUCAUACACAUCUGGUCACUCGCCCAGCCCCUCUUCUUCCGGCAUGUCUCCCCAAUCAAGACACAGCUCCACCGCUUCUUCAGUCAUGUACCCCAACCUCCCGGCCGUCAGCUCCGUCUUCCCUGGCCAGUCCACUGCCUCCACGCUCGGACCCAGCUUCGACAGCAACGAGCGCAGACGCUACUCCGGAGGCAUGCUCCAGCGCGCCGCGCCCUCCUCGCCAAAGUCUCCCAUCAUCUACGAGGACUCCUCCAGCGUCACUACUCCCAAGGCCUCGUCCGUCGCCUCGUCCGUCGGCUCUCCCUCUUCCGAGUCGGAUACCAGCGAGGGUGCCCGCGAGCGCGAGGAGAAGUACGACCAGUGGCUCGAGAACAUGCGCACCAUCGAGGCGCUCCGCGAGUACAUCCGCGAUCGCAUCGAUCGCAGAGAGUACUCUGAGGAGUCCGCCGAGAAGGCCGCAGAAGCAGCUCCCAAGUCUCCUGAGACUAGCCGUCUCAAGUCUCCGGAGCCUAUGGAGGUCGACACCAAGCCUGCUCCGGCUGCGCCGUUGUACCCCAUCCUGCGCAUGGCGAACUGAAGAACACAGACACCUUUGAGCUGUCUGUCGAAGAGAGGGCCUUUUAGGCGCGUGUACCAAUAGCUGUGUGUGCCCUACAAGCGUGUUUUCCAAAAAGGGGUUUCUCCAACUUUGAAUUGAGGGAAAAGUGAUCGGUUUUAACAAAAAACUGGUUCGUAUAUUAUUCUACUGC